UUGGCAGUAAUUUUUAAGAGAUGAUGGUCGUGAAAGGUUACGAUUUUUAAAGUGAAUAUUUAAAAUAACUAAUACAACCUACGUCCUCAAAAACUAGCUCUAACCAAUGCCUGAAUAGCGUUUUAGUUAUUAGUGUUAAUAUAUUCUAACUUCGCCAUGUCGCACAGAGAUUCCGGACCUAUUCCCAAUAGGUGGUUGAACUGUCCACGAAAAGCGACAAGCUUGGUCGCAGGAAAGUUUUUAGCUUUCAAAACACCUUUAGGGUCGCAAUUCAAUGAUAAAGUUCCAGAAGAAAACAGGUUCACUCCUAACAUGCUGUUUGUCUACAUGAAAGGACUAAAAAUGAAACUUGGUCUCUGGGUGGACUUGACAAACACCAGUCGCUUCUAUGACAAGAAAGAGAUAGAGGAGCUAGACUGCAAAUACAUCAAAUUACAAUGCCGUGGUCAUGGAGAGACCCCAUCCCUGGAUCAAACCAAAGUAUUCAUCCAGCUAGUGAGUCGGUACAUCUCUCAGAACCCGCUGGAGGUGAUCGGGGUGCACUGCACGCACGGGUUCAACCGCACCGGGUUCCUGCUCGUGUGCUACAUGGUGGAGCAGCUCGACUGCAGCGUGGAGGCCGCCAUCAGCGAGUUUGCUAACAUGAGACCUCCAGGGAUAUACAAACAGGACUACAUCCAGGAGUUGUACCGGCGGUACGACGACGCGGAGUUCACGCCCUCGGCGCCGCCGCGGCCUGACUGGUGCAACGAAGAUGAAGUUGACUAUGACGAUGAUGAUUCAACAGUCAACCCCAGCGCAUCACAAAACUCCUCUAACUCACACACAAAGCCCCACAAAGGCAAAGGCAGAAAGGAGACCACACACAAAAAGGCCACAUUCAUGCCCGGAGUGACCGGAGUGGAACCGUUCAACACACAGCCGAGACUCAGCGAGAUUCAGAAGAAAGCUCAAGAGUUCUGUGAGUGGAGGUCCACGGGGUUCCCCGGAUCACAGCCAGUGUCUAUGGAUGUGAAUAACUUGAGGAAACUGCAUGAGAAGCCAUAUAGAGUGUCUUGGAAGGCUGAUGGUGUUAGAUUCAUGAUGUUAAUUGACGGAGAGGGAGAGGUGUACAUGUUAGACAGAGACAACUGCGUGUUCAAAGUCCACAACCUGAGGUUCCUGCACAGAAAAGACUUGCGAAGGCAUCUUACCGACACACUUUUGGAUGGAGAGAUGGUGAUAGACAAGGUGGAGGGCCGCGAGAUCCCGCGCUACCUGUGCUACGACGUCAUCCGCUUCGAGGGGCAGGACGUGGGCAAACAGGCCUUCUACCCCGUGCGGCUCGGGUGCAUAGAGAACGAGAUUGUUAAUCCUAGACAUCACGCAAUGAAAAUAGGCAAGAUAAGGAAGGAGGACGAGCCGUUCUCGAUCCGCCUCAAGCAGUUCUGGGAGCUGCCCAUGGCGCGGCAGCUGCUCGGGGAGAAGUUCGCCAAGACGCUGUCGCAUGAGCCUGAUGGACUUAUAUUUCAACCUUCGAAAGAACCGUACGUGGCGGGGCGCUGCGACGACGUGCUCAAGUGGAAGCCGAGCGACAUGAACAGCGUCGACUUCAAACUGCAAAUUGUCACGGAGGGGGGCGAGGGUAUCCUGCCAAAGAAAAUGGGCCACCUUUACGUAGGUCAGUUCGACCGGCCGUUCGGCUCUAUGAAAGUGACGAAGGAGAUCCGCCACCUUAACAACAAGAUCAUCGAGUGCAAGUUCGAGAACAACAACUGGGUGUUCAUGAGGGAGCGGACCGACAAGUCGUUCCCCAACAGCUUUACUACAGCUAAAGCCGUUUGCGACAGUAUAUUAGACCCUAUCACCAAGGAGAGACUGCUAGAAUUCAUCGACAACCACAGAUUCCACGACGACUCAGAUAUGAUGCCGCCGCCGAAGCGGGGGCGGCGAUAGCUGAAACUUUAUUUAUUAAUUACCUACUUAAGUUAAUUUUAAUUGUUACUUGCAACUGAAUAAGAGAAUAUAGAGUAAAAUUCAA